AUGAAUAUAACGGAUAAGGUCACUCAUUACGAAUAUCUCAACAGUAUGUCGUUUAAUGGUUCAAAACAGAAAAUAACGAAUGUGCUAGAACCGGAAAUGCCGUUAACGAAAACGUAUCGCGUGGAAGGGUUCCUUGCGGAAGUUGAUGAUGAUGAUGACAAAAGUAAACAGGAAAUUGGUAAUUGGAGUGUGUACGUAAACAGAGACAAAAUGAUUCAUUACAGCAACGUGACGUCAACAAUUCCAACGUCAUCACGAUCAUCUUUAAAUCCACUUGUAUCAUUUUUGCUAUUAUUCAGACCAGCCAUUGUCAAAAGAAAAUCGCCACCGUCCCAGCCCUUGCAUCCAAUAACCAGACCAGCAUCGGCCGUCGCGCUUCCAAGGACACAUGCGUUACACACAUUAUCCAUGUCAUCGCCGUCAUCGCCACCACAUUCGCCACUCUCGUCGUCACCGUCCUUCUCAUCAUCCUUGCUUACUCUAACGUCAACUCUGGCUCCUAACUUUAUGGCAUCAGAAUACAUAAAUUCCAAUGAAGGUAAAAAUAGUAACAAGAAUAUUAACAAUCUUAAAAGUUACAACAUCAAUAAUAAUAAUAUUAACAAUAAUAAUAAUAAUAAUAAUAACAAAAACACUAAUAAUAACAACAACAACAAUAAUAUAAACAACGGUAAUAAUAAUAAUAACAGCAAAAAUAACAAUAAUAAGCAUAACACGGACACUGCAAGAAAUUCGAAUGGCCCUAAAAGGACGGAAUCUCAAACAAUCGGAUUGCACAUAAUCAGUCCGCUCUUAUUUGUUGACGUUGUCACCUAUGGAGAAAAUGGCGCACCAGAAACAACGAAUAUUGAAAUUAAUUUUAAAAGCGAAUUAAUCAAAAAAGAAACCACUUCCGAAAGUUCUUAUUGUGGGCGCUACCUGUCAUCGAAUGGAGGGAGGAAUGAACAUCUAACAGAUGUGAAGUUCCAAGAUGGCUGGGUAUUCGAUUGUAGAACGGAAAUGAAUAAAUUAAAAAAUGACGUCACAUGUCACUGCCAAAAUGGCGGAUAUAUCGGAGUCUUCGUUAUAACCAAGCCAGAUCCGGAGAUGACCAUUCGACCUCCGGUUCAACCUCCCAUCACUGACCUCGCUUCAUUCUACGGUUUUCCGUAUUCAUCGGAGUUGCACCUGGCAGACAUGAUUUUGAGGUCGGUCUCCCUGGCAGCCCUUGUAAUCACGGUUCUCACUUUCUCCAUCAUCAGGAAGGCGAGGAAAGGAGCAGCGACGCAGAUUCUCUUGAACCUCUGCAUGGCACUCAUCAGCUUCAUGCUCAUGCUCUACGUGGCUGAGAACAGGUCUCACAUAAGGAAGGAGUGCAAGAUUUAUAAUCUCCUCAGAUACUACCUGGCCCUGGUGACACUGAUGUGGAACGGUGUGGAGGCCUACAACAUGCACCGCAUGCUCGUCAAGGUCUUCCACAAACACGUCAGAUUCUUCAUUCGCAUCGCUGCCCUCCUCGCCUGGGCUUUGGCCUCCCACAAAAUACGACCACUGGUGAUGGUUGCUUUUUAUUAUGCAGCUGGCGAACUUAUUGCUGCUCAAAAGUGGAUCCUUGCUUACUUGCACUUAAACUUUUGCGCCAUGAAAUGUGUACACUGUGCAUUGUACAGACACUCGCAGUUGAACCGGCAGAUGAACACAACGGGUAUUCGAACCUGCAGUGAUAAUGGCGACUAUGAUGACGAUGAUGACGAUAAACAUAAACUGAACUCAGGCAUUCCACUGCUCUUGGUCAUUGUGAUUCUUUUGGUGGAUAGGAAGGCAUUUGAUGGCACGUACAACCGUUGCAUGUUCAAGUGCGCCUUAAAGGAUAGGACAUUAUACUUUGCAUGGCUGAUUCCCAUGGUCAUUAUCAUCAGCCACAACAGCAUCGUCUUCGCCAUGGUUCUUAGAAUCAUCUGGAAGAACGAUCCGAACCAGGGCAAAGACCUGGAGAAGAAGAAUUUGAAAUCUCGUCUGGUGGGCGCCUUCACGUUGUUGGUGCUGUUGGGAGUGCCCUGGCUCUUCAGUGCGUUCGGUGUCAUCAAGAACAACCAACAAGAUGGAAACCUGCUCAUGUUCCAAGGAAUUGUUAGGGUAGUCUUCGUGGUCUUCACGAGCAUGCAGGGUCUCUUCAUAUUUCUCUUCCACUGCGUUCGCAAUCAGCAGGUUCGAACACAGAUCAGAACUCUCUUCCGUCGGUCCAAUGACAAAAGUUUGCAGUUGAGUGGCUCUUCUAAGAACACCAAAUCAUCUCUCAUCGCUACCAACUUCUCUAAUGUCAACAAGCCCAUCAAGCCCUACGUUAAAAAUUAA